AUGAGGGAUGAAGCUACUCGCAAAAAAAGGUCAUUUAGUGAUGGUCAUUUUUUCAAGAAACUGAAAUUGAUGUCAAGGAAAAAGCAACCUGUUAUGGAAAGAAGUAAGACCACUCGUACAAGGAAGGAAUCUACCAAUUCCGCAGCAAAAUCAUCCCUAUCAUUAAGAAGGGCCAACAAUGGCAGAAAGACCAUCGCUAAGAGAAGAGUACUGACCGACAUAGGCUCUACUAAUGAAGGUGUUGCCGGUAACUCUGGUUCAAACUCUCCUGCUCAAUAUUCUCAUACUCCUCAUUUUAGUGAUUCUAUCCCACCACUGCCUUUAGAGCUACCAGAUAUCGUCUCAAUAAGGAGUAGUAGAAGUCAUAUUAGUAAUAAGAGUAAUAAGAACAAACAUGGUAUAGACUUGACUUUCAUACCUCGAAGAUCGCUACAAAAUUCUAAGGCUGGCUUGAAGAAACCGAAUACUUCUCCACAAGGUUAUUUUAAUAUUCCAGUGACUAUAGAUAGAGCAAGUGAGAAAGUCAAACAUACUGAUACUAAAAAUACAUUCAAUUCUUCGUCUUCUGAGAAUGAACGACCAGUUUUGAGCAUCUUACAGAAGGAUGACUCUCAAAGUUCUUCGCACCCAGCUAUCGAUUCAAUGUCAGCACCCAAUAAUAUUAACAACAAUAACGACAUUGAGAAUUCUUCAAACAGUCUAUUUGAUACUAUUCUAUCAAUUGCUCAUAGUGCCAUAUCUCAUGUCCCUAAAAUUUCAGCCUUAAAUACUGAGAUACAACGUGAAUUUUCGCAUUCAGGUGAAAGUCAUACAGGUUCAACUCGCCAUCCUUAUUUCCAUAUCCACCACGCGCAGCAGCAACAUCCCUUGUCACAGCAACAAGGGCCCUUACCUGUUUCCGAAAAUGCUAACCAAAAUCCCAAUGACACAGUGCUCAUUCAUUCCCCCUCCGCUAACACAGCCCACCGCAGUUCAUCAUUUUUGCGUCAUUUAGAUUAUUUACUAUCCCCCACUUCUGGUCCAGCCUCUGAUAAACAUACUCAAGUAGAGGAAGGGGAUGACGAGGAAGAGUUAUCGCCUCUUUCCAAAGCAUUUCUUUCACCAUCAACUCAACUGGUACCUACAAAUACAUCGACUACGCCCCUUUCAGGUUCUUUGACACCUAACAAUAGAAACGUAAAUGCAAACUCUAACUCUGAAACCGAGAACGACAAUGAUAGGGAUGAUAGAUCAAAUGUUGGCAAAGUGAAAUUUCAGCCCUUGAAAGUACACGAGCCUGCAAUCUCAACCUUUGGUAAAGGCAACUUAACUUUAGAGGCAGUGGCAGGAUCCUCUGAUAUUGAUAAUACAACUAUUGAUCUGGACGAGAAUAAUACCAAUAAUAAUCCAAAUGCAAGUUCAACAAACUUGAGUCAUAUUAGCAAAAGUAACGUAAACAAUAAUCUCGGUCCAAAAGAAUUAAACACAAGUUAUCGUAAUAGUACCUAUAUCGACAUGGCAAGGUUUGAAAAUUCACAAUCGAACCUUUCUAGCCAUAGGGCAAGAAGUAAGACACUGCCCGCGAACAAAGCAUUAGAGAAUGCCGUUGGUGAUGAAGGUAAUAGUAAAAGAAAUUCAAGAUAUUCUUCUUAUUCAAACGAUAUGGCCUUUGAUGAUGCCGACGAAAGAAAAUUCAGAAGUAUGUCCAAAAAAUUCUUAAACAGGAGAUCUUUUUCACCUUCGAACUUAGGCAAUAAAGUGAUCCCUGGAAUUAAUUUAAGAAAUUCAUUCAACAAAAAUAGGAAUAGUAGUUCUGAUUUCUUUAGUACAAAUCAGGGACAGCAAAUGCCAAGAACAAGUACUGCGGGCUCAGGUAAUAUCCAUGCAAUAAUGGGUUUGGAUUCUGGCAAUGAUGAUUUCAAGUUAGAAGGUAUUGAAUAUGCUUCAGAAAAGAAAAACAGCGAAUUUCAUACCCUUUUCAAGGACUGCGAUAUUAAUCCUAACGAAAAGUUAAUUGUCGAUCAUAGUUGUGCACUAUCUCGUGAUAUUCUUUUACAAGGAAGGAUGUAUAUAUCUGAUGCACACAUUGGAUUUUUCUCAAACAUUUUGGGAUGGGUCAGUACAGUUUUCAUUCCGUUUAAGGAAAUCGUUCAGAUUGAGAAAAAGACUACCGCCGGAAUUUUCCCCAAUGGUAUUGUAAUUGAUACGUUGCAUACAAAGUACAUCUUCGCCUCUUUUAUGUCAAGGGAUGCUACCUUUGAUUUAAUUACAGAUGUAUGGAAUCAGAUCAUCUUAGGUAAAAAAUAUAGGAAUGGCUUCGGUAAUAAUGACGACGGUACGAUAAGCGAUUCGAGCAGUGCAUUUUUUGAUGAUUCCGAUGACAAUGACGACGAUGGAGACCUGGAUGACGAUGACCCUGAUAUUAAUAGCACAGAUAUGACAUCUAGUGACGAUAUUGAUGCUGAUGUUUUCAAUGAAUCAAAUGAUCUUGGUAAAAACCAAAAAUCUACGAACUACUUAUUGGGUCCCAAUAAACACUCUCCAACCACUGCUGAUUUCAAACCUUCCAAUAAUGAUCAUUUGGUUAUUGAAGCAAAUAUUAAUGCACCAUUAGGAAAAGUAGUAAAUCUUUUAUACGGUGAAGACGUCUCUUACUAUGAAAGGAUCCUUAAAGCUCAGAAAAAUUUUGAAAUAUCGCCAAUCCCUAACAAUUUCCUCACAAAGAAAAUUCGUGACUAUGCAUAUACGAAACCGUUAUCAGGCAGCAUUGGUCCAAGUAAAACAAAAUGUUUGAUCACAGAUACUUUAGAGCAUUAUGAUUUGGAAGACUAUGUUAAAGUGCUCAGUAUUACCAAGAACCCGGAUGUUCCUUCAGGGAAUAUCUUUUCAGUGAAAACUGUUUUCCUUUUCUCUUGGGAUAAAAACAACUCCACCAAAUUAACAGUUUACAAUUCUGUUGAUUGGACUGGUAAAAGUUGGAUCAAAAGUAUGAUUGAAAAGGGAACAUUUGAUGGUGUUGCGGACACCACAAAGAUAAUGAUAUCUGAAAUUAAGAAAAUCUUAAGUGAUGAAGACUCAAACAUAAACUCAAAGCAUCAAGCCAGCAAUAAUGAAUCAGAAGAAGAAAUUAUUAAUCUGCCAACUAUUGGACCUCCAGUUCAUGAUCCGACGGAACCUGAUUUUCAAAAAGGAAAAGACGAUACAGUUAUCGAUGAAAAAAUUAAUAUACCAGUUCCUUUAGGAACAGUGUUUUCACUAUUGUAUGGUGAUGACACAUCAUAUAUUAAGAAAAUCAUCGAAAACCAGAAUAACUUUAAUGUUUGUGAUAUUCCAAAGUUUGUGAAUAACGCAAGAGAGAUCACCUAUACCAAAAAAUUGAACAAUUCAUUCGGUCCGAAGCAAACUAAAUGUAUAGUCACAGAGACCAUCGAGCAUAUGGAUUUGAACAGUUUUUUUAUGGUAAAACAAAUAGUCAGAUCUCCGGAUGUUCCUUACGGUAGUUCAUUUUCAGUACAUACGAGAUUUUUCUAUUCCUGGGGUGAUCACAACACAACGAACAUGAAAGUUGUCACCAAUGUUGUCUGGACAGGUAAAUCAAUGCUGAAAGGAACCAUUGAGAAAGGUUCAAUUGAUGGACAAAGAAGUUCAACAAAGCAACUCGUAGAUGAUCUCAAAAAAAUAAUUUCUAAUGCUAGUUCAACGAAGAAAAAAUCGAGGAGAAGAGGAAAGACGGUAAAUAAAAGGAAAUCAUCACCAUCCACUAUCAAGAAUGAGAAGAAUGAAGAAAACUUCGAAGAUACAAGUACCAAAAAUUCAUUUUUUUCCGCUUUCUCAAUGUUACAACAAGUAAACAUAACAUCCGUUCAAGGAAUUAUGACAAUUAUCUCUUUUUUUAUUUGCUUGAUUUUCUUCUUUAGAUUAUUAUUCCAUUCUAAGAAUACUUCGAACAUCCAGAUUAUUACUCCAGGAACAAUCUUAAUUAAUGGAAAUGAAUAUAAUUACGUUCCUAAUUUUAAAACACUCUAUCAUGUUUACGAAGAUAAUAUUAUAAAAGAUGCCCGCCGUAAAGACUCGAAUAAAAAUAACAUAGUCACCGAUACGGAGGGUCUCAUAUGGGACUGGUUGAUAGAUCGUGGAAAUGGAACCGUUCAAAAUAGUGUCUUGUCCAAUCAUAUUAAGGAGAGUAAUAACAAGAAGGUUAAGCUCGUAAAUGGAGUUAGUGAUCAUAAAAUACAGCAGCUAGUUGAAUCUAUAAAAAUCACCGAAUUGCAGCUGCAAGAAAUGAAAGAAUUAUUGGCCCAAACGGAUAACACGUCGGCUACUAACCAAUUACUUUGA